AUGCGUAGCCAACAAGAACUGUUUUCUCCUGCACUAUAUGGCCUCGUUGACCAUAGGCCUCGCACGGGUCUACCGCAUGGCGGUGAUAGAGGCAGCGGCAGACCGAGUACCUUUCAACAACUUGUCAACUGGAAGCAUAUACCAAAGGCAUGGAGUCGCGAGGCAGAAGCCUGGAUAAGCGUUGUAAUCAAGCCUAGAACUGAAAGGGGACGAAACUACCCAGGCAAUUCCAAGGUUUGGAUUUCGCGGACCGAUCCUGCAUCAUGCUCCGCCCGAGGAUGGGCAAAGAGCAAUAUCCUGCUAGUCAUGACCUACAUAGCCAAAUGGAAGUGGCUGCGGACAUACCCGAAAAUAGCGCUCGAGCCAGCCAGGCCAGUUCAUGUUGAAAUUGGUUCGAAUCUUGUUACCAUGAGGGGUCAGAGUGCCUGCGAAAGGAGGGAUGGGAAUGUCACACUUCCAGCGAAAUCCGUCAGGCAGCCCCUCUCGGCUGCUCCCUGUAAUAAACGUGAUGCCGUUGUCAAGGAGCUACUCACGACAAAUGACGUCCCGCAGAAUAUCGGGUACUUCGGUAUUGAGUAUGGUAAGACUGAGGCUGGAGAGGUUGAGCCAAAGCGCGCAAUUUGGUCACGACAGACGCUUGCUGGGGCAUCCUGGGCUCUCAGCCCGACUAGUGUGAUCGACGUGUCAUCCGCUGCCCUGGAAAUAGCAACAGCGGUGGCGGGACCUGCAUGA